UGAUGGAGUUUUCUGUAUCGACCAAGUAACGGAGGCCUCUACAAGUUAGUUAGUUUGUAUUCUAAAUCAUGAGGGACAUUUGGCUGAGGAGACGGUGAUACCAUUUGGACCAUGAGGACUUAUCUGGCUUCUCUGAGUGUGAAUAUUUAGAAAUCAGAGGGAAGUUGUGUUGAAUUUUGUACAUGGACCCAAGUCUGAGAAAGACCACUGAUGUCUGCCCUGCUGUUGGUUUGUGUUUUGCUUGUCUUGAGCAAGACUAAAACCAUAGAAGUACAGUCAUGGACACCGUGCACAGAUCUUCGACCACUGGACAUGCUUUCAGAAGUAUUCUCCUCCCCUGGCAAUUCCUUCAAUAAAGUGAGAAUGGUGCAGUCCCAGGGAGCUCGUGGAUUCCGUCUCUCUGUUUUCCCCCAUGUUCUUAGUUUUCCAUCAACACGAAUCUUCCAUAACUGCCACCUUUUUCCAGAAGAGUUCUCCAUCAUUAUCACUCUGAAGGUUCCGAACAUUCCAUCCAAGAAAAAUGAGUACUUGUUCACCAUGGUCACAGAGAGAAGUAAACAUGUCCUUCUUGGAAUCAGAUAUUCAGAAAACAAGCUCCACUUUCUAUUUUGGAGUCCUGAACACUCCAAUGGAUUAAAGACAAAAGUCACCUUCAGAGGCAUUUUACUGGCUGACAAUCAAUGGCACACAUUGGUUCUAGCUGUGUCUGGAAACUCUGUGUCCCUGACCAUUGACUGUAGCGUGCCUGUGGAAAUAGUCCUGGAUAAACCUUUCCCUGUAUCUUUGAACACAACUGGUUCCUCAAUCUAUGUUGGUAGCAGAAGACGUCGGAAGGGUUUCUUCUCAGGCUUGAUGAGGCAGCUUGUUCUACUACCAGGAUCUGAUGCAACAACUACAAUUUGUCCAAAUGCUAGACCAAGGCUGGCAGAGCUGUCCAUCCCAGAGGUGCUGAAAGAGCUUCCGGUGAAGACUGAAGACAGUGAAGUGCAUCUUAUGUAUCCAUAUGAAGCUGAUAUGAAGGUGACUUUGGGCCAACAGCCUCCAUGCACUGACAGUGAAAUGUCUCAAUUCUGGAUUGAUACAUCUCUCAAGGGGCUCUUCCUCUGUAACGGUGUAAAGUGGAUCACAGUACUUGAAAGAAAAGAGAGAUUGGACUAUGUGGAAGAAUAUCAGAAUUUGGCCACUACCUCUGAGACUAUGGGAUUGGAAAUCUUCCAUAUCCCGGGAGUCGGCCAUUUUGCUGUGAUGGCCAACAGGAAUAAUCAGCCUGGAUCAGUCCUCUACAAGUGGAGCGACGGGAAGUUUAAAGUCCAUCAAUACUUCAUCACCUACCAAGCACAAGCAUGGAAACAUUUUACAAUAGGAAAACGGAUAUUCUUAGCGUUGGCCAAUUUUGAAAAGAAUGACGACGGGGAAGAACUAUCCAUUAUUUACAAAUGGAACCCCAAAAAGGGAAAAUUUCUACAGUAUCAGAAGAUAAGGACUUACAGCGCUCGAGAUUGGGAGGCUUUUCAAAUAGAUGGAGACACCUUCCUGGCUGUUGCCAACCACAGAGAAGGUAAUAACCACAAUAUCAACAGUGUCAUUUACAAGUGGAAUUCAACGACUGGACUAUUUGAGAUCAACCAGACUAUUCCUACCUCAGGAGCUUAUGACUGGGAAUUCUUCAGUAUUGGACCUUAUUCCUUCCUUGUUGUAGCAAACACAUUUAAUGGCACAUCCACUAACAUCCAGUCCCAUAUCUACAUUUUUUUGGGGGACACCUUCAGGCCCUUUCAAUCGAUCAUGACAUUUGGAGCUUCAGACUGGGAGUUUUUCAGAAUUCAGGACCGUUUUUUCCUUGUUGUUGCCAACAGUCACAAUUACAACAUAGGCGCCGGCACACAAGAACUCAAAAAUUCAUACGUUAUCAAUUCGACUAUUUACGAGCUUAAUAUUACUGGGCAAGUGUUUGUGAAGUUUCAGGAUAUUCUUACCUACAGUGCUGUGGACUGGGAGUUUUUCACAGUUGGGGAGGAUUACUUCCUUGUAGUGGCGAAUUCCUUUGAUGGCAGCUCCUUCGCAGUCAACAGUGUUAUAUACAGGUGGCAGGGAUACGAAGGGUUUGUGGCUGUCCACUAUCUACCUACAUACGGCUGUCGAGACUGGGAAGCAUUUAACACCAGCUCGGGUUCCUUUUUAAUGUAUUCCAGUGCCAAGGAGCCCACCGCUAGGGUUCUAAAACUCAAGACUCUAUAAAUUCGCAAUAGACUGUGGUCAUUGGACAAUCAUCCAUAUUACGUUUUUCCAGAUUAAUGGUGCAUGCCUGGUUCUACUUGAUAUCAACAACAAGAAUGCAAAAUAAUACUAUUUUCAUGUAUAAAUUGUAGAGAUGUAAAAUAUAGAGCUGUCUGUAGAAAUGUAAAAUAACUAUAAUAAUUACAUGAACAGUGGAAGGGAAUAGCAUACUUUAUUUUUAAUGUAAAAAGCAGGAAUUUGAGGAAAUGUUAAUAUAUUCUAUAUAUAUCUUUACUGUUCUCAAAGUGCACCUGUGCUUUAAAAGGUCUGGUUCAAGUACAGAAAUAAAAUACAACUUGUACAUUGCACUAGACAAUUUGUUAGAAUAUAUUUUUAUCUAAAGUUUUCUUUUGUUCUGCUACCUCAGGAUCCUUGUUUGCCCACAAUGCAUUGUUCCCAAGAAAGUAUUGUGAGAUUUCUAAUGGUGCAUUGCUUGUAAAACAUAAGCUAACUAAAGUUUUCACUUGUAGGCUGAAAGCAUAUUUUUCAAUAAUAAAUAUGGUUGAAGAGAAACACUUGCUUUACCAAAGUGGCUUGACUUGUGGCCUUACCAACAAAUUUACAUAGAUAACUUCACAAUAUUAAUCGUCCCUUGUAACAUAACUACCAAUCAAAAUCAGGGAUUUGUUUUGUUCUGAGCAGCAGUUUGUCUAAAU